AUGCCACGGCCGACCAAAAUCACGAUUCACACGGGCGGCGAGAGCUCCCGUUCAACCUCGUACAACAGCGACGAAGAAGACUCGUCCCAUCACGAACAAGACUACUCCAUCGUCGACGACGAAGAGUGGGAAUCGCACGGCGACUACUACGACGAAGAAGUCCACCCCUCCGAUUCCGCCUCCACCAGCAACGAUCCGCCUCCCUCGCGCCCUCGAACCGCCAGAACCACUCCCCGCCACCACCGGCUCACCCGCCAGGACACCCAGUAUCCGCCCGUGCAGGCUCCUGCACCCCAUCCGCCCAGCGUGGAUCCCUCGGAAGACUACGGCGUCCCCUAUGGCCAAGCCUUCCAGCCCCAGCCCGCCCAUCGCGGCGGCGGCGGCGGCGGCUACUACGGCGGGCGCGGCCACCCUCAGCAGUAUUCACAGAGCCAGGCCGGCCACUACAUGGGAGGCUAUCCCGGCGGCAACCAAAUGGUCCCGUACAGCAACUUCGCCCCCAACCCCUUCAGCCCCAUGGGCAACAACGCCAACGGCGCGAGCUACUUUGGCGGCGAAGCCAGGCACAUGUACGAGAUGAUGCCCUAUCAACAUGGCUUCUACGGCCCGCCCCAGUACAACAUGCCCCCUCACUUGCCGCAAUUCCACCUGUCGCCACCCCCGCCGCCCGCCACCGAGGCCCCUGGACCCGCCGCCAGCCCAGCCCCGAAGGAGCCUCCGGUCGAUAUGGAAAAGAUCAGGCUCGAGGCGCAGAUCGCCGCCAUGAAAGCAGAAGAGGAUAAGAAAAAGUCCGCCAUGGAACGUGAGAAGUUGCAAGAGCAGAUUCGCCGAGAAACGAUGGAUGAGUUGAAGAGGCAGCAGGAGGAGGCUCAAAAAGAAAUUGAGCGCGCCAGGGCAGAGGCGGAAAAGAUCGCCAUGGCGAAGAUAGAGUCCGAGCGAAAGGCGGCCGAGGAACGGGCGCGGGAGCAGGCCGAAACCGUGAAGCGGGCCGAAGAAAACGCCUUGAGAAAGUUUGAGGCCGAGAAGAGGGCCGACGAAGAACGCCGCAAGCGGGAGCAGGAGGAGCGCGUCAGAAUCGAAGAAGCCGCCAAGGCUCGUGUCGAGGCGGCGCUCAAAGCCGAGGCCGAUGCCAAGGUUGCUGCCGAAAAGAGAGCUGCCGAGGAGGCGGAGCGGUUCAAGAUGAUGCAAGAGGAUGCCAGGCGCAAGGCCGAACUCGAAUAUCUGGCCAGAGUCGAGGCCGACAAGGAGGCGGCCAAAAGGGCGGUCGAGGCCGAAGAGGCCGCCAGGCGCAAGGCCGAGGCGAAUUUCCUGGCCAAGGUGGAGGCGGACAAGCUGGCGGCCCAGAAGGCUGCCGAGGCCGAAGAGGCUGCGAGGCGCAAGGCCGAGGCCGACUAUCUGGCCAAGGUGGAGGCGGAAAAGGCGGCGGCCCAGAAGGCUGCCGAAGCCGAAGAGGCCGCCAAAAAGGAGCACGAGGCGCUCAAGAAGAAGCUCGAGGACGAGGCCAAGGCCAACCUGGAGGCUGCCAGGAAGACGGACAGGGGGGGGAGCAUCAAAUUCAAGGACGCCGUGGGGAGAAAGUUUAGCUUUCCCUUUCAUAUUUGCCAGACGUGGCAGGGCAUGGAGGACCUCAUCAAGCAGGCCUUUCUCCACGUCGAUGUCAUUGGGCCGCACGUGCAAGAAGGCCAUUACGACUUGAUCGGGCCCGACAACGAAAUCAUCCUGCCCUCGGUGUGGGAGAGAGUCGUGGAGCCCGAGUGGUCAAUCAGCAUGACCAUGUGGCCGGUGGACAAGACGCCGCCGCUGGGGCCCAAACUGCCGCCGAUGGGAAUGAGAAUGCCCGGACGACCCGCCAUGCCCCCUGGUAUGGUGCCUCCACCGGAAUGGCCCGGGCCCGCACCACGACGACGGACCACCCAUCUUCCCGACAUCAAUAUCGUCGACGUCAACCCGCCCACGACCAAGGCGAAGCCGAACAACAAGAAGAACUCGGCCAUGUUGACGUUUUUUGCAGGCAAGCCCACCAAGAGAAAAUCGGGCAAGAAAUGA